AUCCCAAUUCCGUCAAAAGUACUCCAGCAGUUCAAAUUUCAAGAAUUCCGAAUUAGAACUUCACUCCUUCUGUGCAUUUUUCAACUGGUCGAACAAAUUUAAUUUCUCGAUGAACUUCAGUUUCUCCAGCAAUUGUGGUAUUGUUCCGUAAUUUCUCAAGGUGCAUCUAAAACAAGGGAGAACCAGAGAUUGUUGGUGGUGCACGUGUCGUUGCGAGCUCUCUCUUCCUUUGGCCUUUUCAUUUUCCCUGGAAAAAGAGGAUGAAAGUAAACAUUCUACAAUGGCAUGCUGUAGCUUCUUGGACCUGGGAUGCUCAGGAUGAAACAUGCGGAAUAUGUAGGAUGGCCUUUGAUGGUUGCUGUCCAGAUUGCAAACUACCUGGUGAUGACUGCCCAUUAAUUUGGGGCCAAUGUAACCAUGCUUUUCAUCUACACUGCAUCUUGAAGUGGGUGAAUUCACAAACAUCUCAAGCUCAUUGUCCUAUGUGCCGUCGAGAAUGGCACUUCAAGGACUAAAAUCAUCUCUUCACCUGUUAACCAUGAGAGAACGGUCAAGGCGACGAUCGACGUAAACAUGAUUUGAUCUCAGGUCUUGAGUACCACGUACUCAAAACUUUACCGCAUAAACUAGUUGACUUCCAUGUUUCAAUCAUACAACCGCUUGUAUCUUGAAUAAUUUUUUUUUUGGCUCAUUAAAUUAUCAAAAUUAUUAGUUUUUGUACAUUGUAAAAUACAAUCAGUUGUACAUGUUAGUAAUCGUUUAAUGGCUUUACAAAUUACAAUUAGUAAUCCUUUUGUUAAA